AUGUCGGAACAUCUAUUGGGGCAGUUUCGGGGCGUGAUGGUUCUUCAAUCAAGUGAAAAGGCAGUGGAUAACAGGGAUGGCAGUUUGGUAGUAGCGGACAACCACACACGUGCGGUUGCGUCCGCCUUUACCACUUCUCCUUUUAUGGAGGCUGUGGAGGAUGCGGCAAAUAACGAGGAUGAUGAACGAGAGUUGCUCCGGCUGUUGGAUGAGCUGAACCAUAGAAUACGCCAUGAAGACGAAGUUGAUGCCUUGGAGCCGCCCUCUGGCAGUUUUGUGGUGGAGGAGAAAGACGCUCCCACCCUGCAUGCAGGCCACGCGGCACCGCCCGUUUACAGUCCACCAGCGCCAACCGGAGGCAGUCCCUUCUUGUAUGCGGCAGGUGCCUCACACGUUGCAAAGCCCCCUCCACCGUCCUUUGCGGAGGCUGUAGCUACGUCCCCUCCCAUCUCAGCAGUGCCGAUGGAGCUGUCACCGUUGGCGGCGCAUUAUGUUCCCCCAAUGACUGCAGUGCAGCAGGAGCCAAUUCUGCUUCGUAAUACGCACGGGGUGUUUAUGCUGCGUCCCAUUCCAAAACCCACACCGCCGUACACGCCACCCAGCCUCGCCUCUUCGAUCUCCCCACCCCCACGUUACGCGUUGCCAACUGAAACACACACGCAAUCGCAGCCCUAUUUUCUUGGAAGUUCUAUGGCGCAGGUGGGUGGGCUGGCCGACGGGCACCCAGCGAAGAACUCCGUCGGCACUCCGUACGAUGCUUCCCACUCCAUGAACAACGUUCUCGGUGGAAGCCAUAUUUUGGGCGGCAGCAGUGCCGGCACCUACACGUACAUAAGCACUUCAGUCAAGUCUAAGCCAACUGGGCACAAACCACCGCCGCCACCGUAUCCCUCGUAA